AGGGGGCGGGGCCAGGAGGAGGCGGGGCCGAGGAAGGGGGUGGAGCCAAGAGUAGUCCCUGAAAGCGCCGGGAGGGGCAACCACUGCUGGGGGCGGGGCUUGCCACCAGCCACUCAGAGGGCGCGAUCGUGAUCCCGUUAGUUCACUGGCUCUGCCGGCGGGAAACCGGAGCUCACCCCCCCAGACCCCCACCCCCCGCCUUCAAGAGCGUGCCCAGAGCGGGGAGGUUUUCAUUGGGGUUGGUGGCGGUGAGGCUGCAUUCUUGUUGAGGGGUUAUUCGGGCAGGUGGGGCGGGAAUUUCUUCAGAUAGUGGCCGGCCGGGUCUCCCAGAGUUUAGGGACGAGAUGGUCCUGAUUCCUUCAGUUUGAGGGAUGAAGUGGAUGGGAUUCCAUCGUUUGGGGAAAGCAGGGAGAUGGAUCCCUUUCAAUUUGGAGCAAGAAGUGAAAAUAGAUUCCACUCAGUUUGAAGGAAGAAGUGGAAUCAUUUCCCUUUAGUUGGGGUAAGAAGAGGGACGGGUGCCCCUCAGUUCUGGGAAAAUGAUGUGAUGACUCAAUUUGAGUGAGGAGGUAGAACAUGUUUUUCUCAGUUUGGGGUAAGAUGUGGGUUGGGUGCCCCUCAGCUUGAAUGAAAAAUGGAGACGGUCCUCCUCAGUUUGGGGUGAGAUAAGCCAAAUGCCCCUCAGGUUUGGGGGGAAAGGUGAGUGGAUCCCUUUUAGUUUGAAGGGAAUCGAUAGGCUGGGUUUUCUCAUAGUUCAGGGAAAGAGGAUAGGUUCCCUUCUGUUUUCAUGGAAAAGGUGAGGAGACUUUCCUGUAGUUUGACCGAAAGGGAGGCCGGGUGCUCCUCGGUUUGGGAGAUAAAGAGGAACAGCUUCCUCAUCAGCCUUGAAUGAGCUGGGCCCAGUCUGGGCCUUGGAGUUUCUGGGGACGUUGAGGAAGGACGGCGUUGUCCAUCACGGCUUUCUGGGAGGGCCCAGUGCGCGUGCGCAGCGCUGGUCUGGGCGGGGGCCCGAAGGGGGUCCUAGGCUCCGGAGGGCGGCGGCGCACUGCCCCCUGCCGUCUGCACGGGGCAGCGUCGGGGCCCGCGCCUUCAGUACCAGCUGCCGGCGGCUCCAGCGGGUCGGCACUAGCGGUGAAGGAGAUGCGCCCCUCCGGCCUGGACCGCGCCCCCCGCAGAUCCCCUCCGCUCCCGCGACGGGCUACCUACUCCGGCGGGUGGGACGCGGCCGCGCCUCCGGAGGGCUGUGGCCGCUCACAGCUCUGAAACCGGGUCAGGGGAGCUCUGGGGAAGGUUUGGGGGAGCGGACUCGAAGGAAUAGGUUUCGGGACUUGGAGAGCUGGACUGGGGGAUUUCCAGAGCUCAGACUGGUUUAGAGGGGGGAGGACCAGGGGUCCAGAGUCCGGACGCCCGGGGCACGGUCUCGGAGUCCGGACCCGGCUUGGGGGUUUCGGAGCUGGGAUUGGGGGGAGCGGGCCCCACGUGCUUGUGACGCGGGGGCGGCCGGUAGGCGCGGCAGCGACGCGGGGCCGGCGGCCGUGCGGUGCCGGAGGGCCGCUAGGCAGGCGGCAGGAUGCUGCGCGCCGCACUACCGCUGUUCGGGCUGCCCCUGGCGGGGGCGGCCGCCACCGAAGAGCCCACCCAGGAGCCGGGGUCGCCCGGCGAGCCUCCCGCAGGGCUGGCGCUCUUCCGCUGGCAGUGGCACGAGGUGGAGGCGCCCUACCUGGUAGCCCUGUGGAUCCUGGUGGCCAGCCUGGCCAAAAUCGUGUUUCACUUGUCGCGGAAGGUGACAUCGCUGGUCCCUGAGAGCUGCCUGCUGAUUUUGCUGGGACUGGUGCUUGGAGGCAUUGUCUUGGCUGUGGCCAAGAAAGCUGAGUACCAGCUGGAGCCAGGCACAUUCUUCCUCUUCCUGCUGCCUCCUAUUGUGCUGGACUCGGGCUAUUUCAUGCCUAGCCGGCUGUUCUUUGACAAUUUGGGUGCCAUCCUCACAUAUGCUGUGGUGGGCACACUCUGGAAUGCCUUCACAACAGGUGCUGCCCUCUGGGGCCUGCAGCAGGCUGGACUUGUGGCCUCUCGAGUGCAGGCCAGCUUGCUGGACUUCCUGCUGUUCGGGAGCCUCAUCUCAGCAGUGGACCCCGUGGCCGUCCUGGCUGUCUUUGAGGAGGUGCACGUCAACGACACUCUCUUUAUCAUCGUCUUUGGCGAGUCCCUGCUCAAUGAUGCCGUCACUGUGGUGCUGUACAAGGUCUGCAACUCCUUUGUGGAGAUGGGCUCUGCCAACGUGCAGGCUGCUGACUACCUGAAAGGAGUCGCCUCCCUGUUUCUGGUCAGUCUGGGCGGGGCAGCCGUGGGCUUAGUCUUUGCCUUCCUCCUGGCCCUGACCACACGCUUCACCAAGCGGGUCCGCAUCAUCGAGCCGCUGCUGGUCUUCCUCCUCGCCUAUGCAGCCUACCUCACUGCUGAAAUGGCCUCGCUUUCUGCUAUUCUUGCUGUGACUAUGUGUGGCCUGGGCUGUAAGAAGUAUGUGGAGGCCAACAUCUCCCAUAAGUCACGCACGGCUGUCAAAUACACAAUGAAGACUCUAGCCAGCUGUGCUGAGACCGUCAUCUUCAUGCUGCUUGGCAUCUCGGCUGUGGACUCUUCUAAGUGGGCCUGGGAUUCUGGGCUGGUGCUGGGCACCCUCUUCUUCAUCCUGUUCUUCCGAGCCCUCGGCGUAGUCCUGCAGACGUGGGUGCUGAAUCAGUUCCGGCUGGUCCCUCUGGACAAGAUUGACCAGGUGGUGAUGUCCUAUGGGGGCCUGCGGGGGGCUGUGGCCUUCGCUCUCGUCAUCCUACUGGACAGGACCAAGGUCCCUGCCAAGGACUACUUUGUGGCCACCACUAUUGUGGUGGUCUUCUUCACAGUCAUUGUGCAGGGCUUAACCAUCAAGCCACUGGUCAAGUGGCUGAAGGUGAAGAGGAGUGAGCAUCACAAACCCACCCUGAACCAGGAGCUGCAUGAGCACACUUUUGACCACAUUCUGGCUGCAGUGGAGGACGUUGUGGGGCACCAUGGCUAUCACUACUGGAGGGACAGGUGGGAGCAGUUUGACAAGAAGUACCUGAGUCAGCUGCUGAUGCGGCGGUCAGCCUACCGCAUCCGGGACCAGAUCUGGGAUGUGUACUAUAGACUCAACAUCCGGGAUGCCAUCAGCUUCGUGGACCAGGGAGGCCAUAUCUUGUCCUCCACGGGGCUCACUCUGCCCUCCAUGCCCAGCCGCAAUUCUGUGGCAGAGACCUCUGUCACCAACCUGCUGAGGGAGAGUGGCAGUGGAGCGUGUCUGGAUCUGCAGGUGAUUGACACAGUGCGCAGCGGCCGGGACCGUGAGGAUGCUGUGAUGCACCAUCUGCUCUGUGGAGGCCUCUACAAGCCACGCCGCCGGGGUUGGCCUGAUACAAGCACUGUUUAAAGAUGUCUUCUUCUGGUAGCAGAGCUCAGACCAAAUUGGAGGGGUGAGGUGAGAGACGGGGAGAGCCAGUUGGGAGGCUGGACUGAAACACCAGAUCGGAGCUGGGUGGUGGUAAGGGAGAGGAGCACAUAGGAUUGGGUGGUUGUCCUGAAGGGGAGAGGAGGGGACAGACUACAGAGGGCUUGAUGGGGUCCCAGACAGAAGCAGAAGUGCUGAGGAAGCCUGUGGGACCAGCUUAGCAUGGGGAAAGCCGGCAUCUCUUUUAGAGAAUGUUAGUCUAACGCAGGUCAGGAAGUUUUGGGGCUAGGCUAGACGGCCCAGCCCAUCCGGGAGGGAAUCUGCUGCAACCCCACAAGGGGGCAGCAAGCCAUUACGUUGAACUUGUCUGAACCGGGAAGGCAGCUGUUACCAUUCCUGGCAGUUGAAACAGUCCAGGUUAUUUCUAUCAUUGAGACGGAAUUGGCUUCCCUUAACUCGGUGGCACUGGUCCUAAUUUGACUCUCUGCAGCUCUGCAGAAUAAGACUUUAAAGGUUCCAAGACCGUUCCCUUUCACACAGGCCUUCUUGCCCUCAAGUCAGCAUCGCCUCUCCCUGGUGUGUCUUCUCUGGUCAUAAGAAACAAGGCCCAGAAGGCUUCUCUAGCUGUGGUUGGUCAGGGCAUGGCAUAGGGGUUCUCUUACCUUUCUAGCUCUAGAAUUUGCCAUUCUCUUCCCGCUGCUCAGAAUCCCCCCAGCUUUGUUUUACCACUCUGAGGCUCCACAUUAUCCUUACAAUUAGACACACCUCCAUGGUCUUCCUCAGUUAAUGACUGUUAAACUCUGUCUUAUCCAACCUGUGGGGUUUGUGUUUCAUUUUGUUUACUUUUUUCUCAAGGCAAAUUUUACUCAUUCACAAAACUAGACAGAAUAAAAUAACUCUCAUGUAUCCAUUGCUCAGCUCCUCUAUCAGUGCAUGGUUAAUCUUGUAACAUGCUGUACCCCCACCUCACUCCAUCCACACUUUAUUAUCUUAAAGCAAACUCCAGACAUAUCAUAUCAUAUCACCUCUAAAUAUUUCAAUAUGUGUCUCUAUGUGGCAGGAACUCUCUAUAUGUAUUCAUGUACAUGUAUAUUUUAUAUAUAUAUAUAUACACACAUAUAUAUAAUAGUAGUACUAUUAUCACUCAUAGCAAAUAACAAUAAUGCCUUCUCACAUGAAAUAUCCAACCAGUGUUCAUAAACAUCUUUUUUCCAGAUGGUUUGUUUAAACCAGGAUCCAAAUAAAGUCCACACUUUGCCUUUGGUAAAUAUGUCUCUUUAUUAAAGAAGAAAUCUCUAAUAGUUCCUUUUCCUUUUCACCCACUUGCUUAUUUAUUUAUGAAGAAACUGGAUACUAUGUCUCAGAGAAUUUCCCAUUUUAUGGAUUUUGCUGAUUGUAUUCCAGUGGUGGUGUUUAACAUGUUCCUCCAUCCUCUGUAUUUCCUGGUAGUUAAAUCUAGAGGCCUGGUCAGAUUCAGGAACAUUCAGUAGGUGUGCUAUGUAUUUCUUAUUGUAUCACAUCAGGAUGUAUGUAAUGAUUGGUUGUCUAUGGAUGUGUGUAUGUAAGAUUGGUCAAUGGGUGCAAUUCUUGUGUAGUCAAUUAAAAAAAACUGGAGUAAGAUUGUGCUUAUUUCUGUUAAAUGUCAUCUUAUUUGAUUUAGCCUAUCAUUCCAUCGUUUGGAUCCCAUGUCUGGCACCAAAUAUCUGUUCAGAUUCACAUCAUGUGAAAAUUUACUAAGCCUGUUAACUUUGUAUUCAUCCAAAUCAACAUAAAAUGUUGAACAGGAUAGAGCUGAGGACAGAGCCCUGUGACAUGCUACCAAAGACUUUCCUCCAGACUGACAUGGAUCAAGCAUUUUUGGGUAUGGUUACUCAACUAGUUCUGAGUCCACUUAGUUAUACCAUAACAUAAUCUGUAAUUCUUCGUGUUCUUCACAGAAAUGUCAUUAGAGAGAGAGAAAUGUCAUCAGAAACAGACAGAAGUGUUUAGUAUGCAGUUACAAAUAGGAGAUGAUAGGUUAAGAGAGAGAUAAGAGCUAGAACUAAUGAUUUUUUAAAAAGAUUUUAUUUAUUUAACAGAGAGAAAGAGAGAGAGAGAGAGGGAACACAAGCAGGGGGAGUGGGAGAGGGAGAAGCAGGCUUCCCACUGAGCAGGGAGCCCGAUGUGGGGCUCGAUCCCAGGAUCCUGGGAUUACGACCUGAGUCGAAGGCAGACGCUUAACGACUGAGCCACCCAGGCGCCCCUAGAACUAACGAUUUAUAAGCAAUCUUUAUCAUCAGAGGUUUCCUCACCUGGCAACAUCAGAAUCCCCUGGGGGAGCUUGCUAGAAUACAUAUUCCUGGCUUCACCUCCUGGAGAUUCUGAUUUCGUAGUAUGGAAAGGGACUAACAAUCUGUGGGCUUAGUAAAUGUCCAGGUGAUUCAAAUGCACCUGGUCUGAUGGCGUCGUGGUCUCUAUCAUGAGGCUAGCUGAAGCUGGGGGAAGGGCCAGUUCACUACAGAGAACAUUUGGAGGGGAGAGAGGAGGGCCACGGACAACACUGUGAGGAAUCCACAGGGGAGAAAAGGAAGGGGAGCCAGCAAAGGAGGGGAGAGGAGCUGUAGCAGGUGGUGUCUCGGAGGCCUGGGGCAGGACAGCUGGAUGCUCCACAGAGGUCAGCUCAGUGCCUAACCAGAGGCCAUGCCAUGGCACUGGUGACCAGGGAGAAGGCAGCACCAUGGACUCGUGAACCCUGGAGUUAUAUUUCUGUUUUUAAGAAAGUGAUGGGUAUGAGGGAAAGUGUCAGAAUCACAGUAUAAAAGUUUGGCAGCAAAAGGGAAGCAGUGGCUUCAGUGGAAAGGCUUUCUUCAGGGGAGUGUGGGCAGCUGCCUGCUUAAAGGCAGGGGGUG